AUGCUGGAUGAAAAUAGUAGAUUGCUUGGUGGUAGUACCAUAAGAUAUGAUCUGCCAUCCGGAAGAUCAUUAAUUGCCCGAACAUAUAACAGACCACCAUUGCUUUCAGUUCCUUCAAAUCAAUCACUUCGAAGUAUAAUGAGUUCAGCAAGUGGGACCGAAUUUGAUUCCUAUCACAAGCAUCAACACAAUAAUGAUACACUCUCGAUUCUUGAUUUUGAUUUAUAUAAGAAAUUAAACGAAGAUGGUGAGCCGCAUGAUCAUCAAAAGAGAAAAUUUGACCUAUAUGCAUAUUUGGCAUAUUAUAUCCCGAUUCUUAACUGGUUACCUAAAUAUUCACCCAAGACGGCCCUAAUUGGAGACGCAUUGGCUGGAUUAUCCCUUGCUUCAUUCCAGAUCCCAUUAGUUAUGUCAAUUGCAAGCUCAUUGGCUCAUUUACCUCCCAUUUGUGGUCUUUAUGGUAUGAUUAUCGGGUCGAGUAUCUACGCUAUCUUUGGAUCAGUCCCUAUUUUAAUCGUUGGACCAUCACCAUCGACUGCGAUUAUUUAUGGACAAGUUAUAGAAUUAAUUCAUCAUGAACUGAAAUUUUCUGAUUUAUCAGCAUUGGAAAUUUCAUCAUUUUUGACAUUUAGUUUAAGUGGGGUUUUGUUAGCAUGUGGGAUUUGUAGAAUGGGAUAUUUGGAUAAUGUCCUAAGUCGAGCAUUAUUAAAGGGGUUUGUGGCUGCAAUGGGGGUGAUUAUGAUUAUAAAUCAAUUUAGUACUGAGAUGGGGUUGGAAGAAUUGAGUAUGAAGCAACCACAUAUAACGACCGUUGAUAAGUUGAUUUUUGCAUUUAAAAAUUAUGAUAAAGCACAUAAAUUAACUACCACGAUUGCGGUGGUGAUAUUGGGGAUAGUUUUGUCUAUACGGUCCUUGAAGAAUGCAUUAUAUAAUAAAUAUAAAUGGAGACUGGCAAUCUAUUUCCCGGAAUUAUUAUUAAUGGUUAGUUUUGGAACUUUUUUAAGCUGGUGUUAUGGAUGGCAUACUGAAGGUGGAGUUAAAAUUGUUGGAGAUAUAAAGCUUCCACAUUCAUCCUUUGGUUUACAAAACCCUUUUCAAUGGUCGAGAAUAAACGUAUAUAAACAUACAUUCACCACAUCAUUUUUAUGCACAAUCUUAGGAUAUUUCGAUUCAACAACAGCAGUCAAAGCACUAGGAGCAAAAUACAACUACAAUGUAAGUUCGAAUCGUGAAUUAGUAGCGCUCGGAAUAAUCAACUUUAUAAUUGGAUUAUUCAGUGGAUUACCGUCAUUUGGUGCCCUUGGAAGAUCAAAGAUCAACAUUCUUGCCGGAGCUACAACGCCAAUGGCUGGUAUCAUUAUGAGUGUUGUAAGUGUAUUCACAGUACUUUAUUUAUUACAAUUUAUUUAUUAUCUUCCAGAAUGUGUUUUGGCAUUGACUACUACAAUAGUCGGUAUAACUGUGUUACAAGAGGUUCCUGCAGAUUUAAGUUUCUUCUGGAGUAUUGGAGGAUAUGAUGAGAUGUUUACGUUUUUGAUGAUAUUUAGCGGAGCUAUUCUUUGGAGUGCAGAAGCUGGGGUUACAUUAGGUGUACUUGUCGCAGUGGCAAGGGUGAUUAAACACAGCACGAGAUCUAGAAUACAAAUAUUGGGCAGGAUUCCCAAUACUGCUGUUUUUAGGGAUGCAGACGCAUUAAUUGAAGAGAGCUUUACUACUUUCCAAAGAGAAGACACCUUGGAAAAUUCAGAAGAAGAGGAAGAAGAUGAUGACUAUGGCGACGGUCUUCGUAGUCUUCCUCAUACCCGGAUCGAGCAUAAACUUUCGAAUUUGAUUGCUGAGAUUGAAGAUAUUGAAGGCGUAUUGAUAAUCAAGAUUCCAGAACCAUUAAACUUUGCCAAUGUCGGUGAUUUGAAGAAUAAAUUAGCUAGGAUUGAAAGAUAUGGAUCGUUAUUAAUCCAUCCUUCACAACCUAGAACCCGUGAUUAUAAAUCUAUCAAAUUUAUAAUAAUAGAUUGUAAAGGAAUGAAUGCUAUAGAUUCUUCAGCAACUCAAGUAUUAUAUGAAAUUAUCAAGAGAUAUAUUGAAGAAGAUCAGAUCCCAGUAUGUUUUGCCAGAAUGUCAACUAAUAAAGCCUGUCGCCAAAAACUCAAAACAUCAGGUAUUGCUCAAUUGAUCAAUAAGUCCUACCACUCAUAUUCUUCAAGGAGUAGCAGAAACGCUUCUUCUACUGACUUAGCAUGGUCUGCCUCUGGAUUAGGAGAUGGGUUCUUCUUGAGCAUUGAUGAAGCAUUGAAGACCAUUGGAAUACAUAAUGUAUAG